UUUGGGGGUCCUCCCAUUAAUUUUAGCAUUAGAUCAGCACCAACAAUAACGACAGCAGAACCGUUAACAGCAAUCAAGGAUCAAAAGAUGUUUGAGGAUGACGACAGCCUGUUGGACAAUUUUUUCAUGUUGCUUUGGAUGCACACGUGUGCCUGUUUGACGGUUUCCUUUUUAUUUAUGAUUUUUUAAAUAAAAUCUUUUUUAACACGUUCAACUGUUGGUGAACACACUCGUUAGUUGGGCCUGGUAUUUUGGCAGUUUUUAUGGGUUUGGUAUUUCAAUGUUUGGUAUUUCAGCUCCCAGUUAAUAACAUAGGACAUUUGCAUUUUUAAAAUAAUUUUUUUAUUAAUCCUAGUAAUAAAUUUUAAUAUUACUCUUUAAAAAUGAUUGUCUAUUCAUAAAAUGGAUAUUUUAUUUUCCAUUGAUUCUUUAUAAUUUUUUAAAUAUUUUACAGCGGGAUUUUCUUGAUAUUGAGUAAGUAAGUGGCAUUUUUAAGUAAUUUUGAAUGGAUGGCCCGGCUCUUAUUAUAAUUUUGGACAGGCUGUUCGAUUCCCCCGGGGUCCUUUUUUCUAAAUUUUUAAUAUUAUUCGAGGGAAUUUCAAAAAUUUGAGUAAAUAAUUUAAUGUGGCGCUUAGUUGGCCAAUUCCAACGAAAUAGGGUCGUUUCGAUGCUUGUUAAUUUGUUUAAAAAUAAAAUUAAUUUUAAGGUUUUUUAGAUUUACUUUAAAAUAUGGAUUACCUUCAAAAGAUUCGUUCUUCAGUUGCUGCCCAAGUUCAUUCUGUAGCAGCACAAGUUAAUUUAGCUUUGCCAGGUAAUCCAAUUCUGCGUGAAUAUACUGUUGGACAACAAGUUGCUAGCGCUGGGCCAGGUUUGUGUUGGAAAAUAUUUUCGGCUACAAGAAAUUCUACAAAACAGGAUGUUGCUGUUUGGAUAUUUGAAAAGAAGCAAAUGGAAAAUUGGUUAAAAGUGAAGAGGGAAGAGUUUCCUGAAGUUUUAAAAAAAGGUGUUAGUCAAUUAACAAGACUUAUGCAUCCAAGAAUUUUGAGAGUAGAAAGAGCUUUGGAAGAAUCUAGAGAUUGUUUUGCUUUUUGUACAGAGCCAGUAUUCGCAAGCCUUGCCAAUUGUUUCGAUGAUUUUGGUAAUAUGCCUUCUACACCAAAAUGUUUAAAAGACUUUUCUUUGGAAAGUAUAGAAAUUCGCCAUGGGUUAUUUCAGUUAUCCGAAGCUUUAGCUUUUCUUCACAAUGACACAAAAAUGGUUCAUUCAAAUGUUUCUCCCAGUUCAAUAAUUAUAAAUAAAAAAGGAGAUUGGAAAUUGGCCAGUUUUGAUUUUUGUAUAGUUGGCGUUGUUUCUACACAAGAUAAGGUCAUUUUUGAACUACCCAAUUGGAGCAGAAAUUCAAUUUCUGCUUUAUGCCCAGACCUCGAUUAUGUUUCUCCAGAGCUUGUUCAGGGUGACACAUUUGACUAUUUUUCAGAUAUUUUUUCGCUUGGAAUGCUUGCCAUUACUUGUUUUAAUAAAGGAAGGUCAAUUAUGGAAAGUCAAAAUUCUUUUGCUUGUUAUCGAAAAAUGUUUGAAAAUUUGAGACAUUCUAUCCCUUCCAUUUUACAAAAUAAACAAGUGCCAGAAGAACUACAAGAAGCAUUAAGUAAAUGUCUCAAUCCUGCACCAGAACAGAGACUUCCCGUCAUACAAUUUACAAAAUUAAAAUAUUUUGAGCAUCCUUUGGUUAAAACUUUAAAUUUUUUGGAUUCGAGGAAUGCUUUGGAUGUGUCUCAAAAAAUUCAGUUUUUCAAGAGUUUACCAAACAUAAUUCCUCAAUUUCCUCUCCGUGUUCAACUCCAAAAAAUUUAUCCUCAUUUGGCUGGAGAAUUUGGAACGCCAAUCCUUAUACCUUUUAUUUUGGAAAGUGUUUUUAUUAUUGUAGAGAAUUGUAAUAGUGAAGAAUUUGUGGAAGAAAUAAUGCCUUCACUUGUUUUAGUAUUUCCUAUACAAACACCUUAUCAGAUUGGCCUAUUAUUAUUAAACAAAGUCGAUUUAUUCUUAAAAAAGAUGCCUACAACUUCUUUAAAACAACAUUUAAUUCCUUUAAUUUUUAAUUCGUUGAGUAAUGAAUGUACUAAAAUACAGGAGCUUUGUCUGUUGGAAUUGCCUAGAUUAGUUAAGUAUAUUGAUCGAGAACAAAUGCACACCCAAUUUUUACCUAAAUUGCUUCGUAUGGUGCUUGAAGCGAAGGAAAAUAAGAUUCGUAUAGAAACUAUUGCCUGUUUAUCCAAAUUAUUAAAUAAUUUAGAACCUUGGAUGGUUGCUGAUCAAUUACUUCCUUCUUUACCUAAAGUUAAUAGCAAAGAUCCGGGUGUUUUAAUGGCUGUUUUAGGCCUUUACAAAUUAAUUUUUGAAAAUGAUCGAUUUGGAAUUAGCAAAGAACAAUGUGCCAAAAGUGUCAUUCCCUUCUUGGUCAGUACAUCAAUCGAAGCUUCUCUAAAUUUGUCAAAUUUUAAUCAAUUUAUUGAUUUUAUUCAUUGUCUUCUUGAUAAAAUGACUGCAGAACAUAAACAUUAUUUGGGAAAGUUGAGUGCUAGUCAGGAAGAACAAAGAGAAGUCAACAAUUUUAUUGAUUAUUUAAAUAAUGGAAAAGUUUUGGAAGAAAUUGUAUCAAAUGAAGGAUCACCUAUAAAACAGCAACAACAAACAGCAGCAGGAGUAUCAAUGGAUUUGGGCGAUUUGGAUUUUUUGGUGGGCAGUGGAACGACAAAGAAGAAUGAGAAAGAAAAUACUAACAAUUUCCCACAAGAACCUUCUUUUCUAACUAACAAUUUAACUUCACAUUCAUUAAAUCAACAACAAAAAUCCUUAUCUUCAUCAUUUAUUUCACCCCCAUCAUCACUUGUAUCUUCACAAAAUUUUACUAAUAAAAAAGAAGGAGAAGAACCUUCAAUUAAUUUUGAUAUAUUUUCUUCAACAAAAAUUAAUUUAAAUGAAGAACAAAAACAACAAGGACCUUCUUUAGAUUUUCUUGCAGAAUUUUUACCUCCACCAACAUCCUCAUUAACAACAAUAUCACAAAAUCAACACCAAAAACCCUCCUUUAAUUCUUCAUCAUUUCCAUCAUUACCAAUUCCUCCUCCAAAUAAUAAUAAUUUUAUUCCAAUACAAAGAAAGAAUCCAACAACUAAUAAUAAUAAUGAUCCUUUUAAUUUUUUAAUAAAUCAACAAUUAAAAGAAGGAAAUAAAAAAUAA